AGAAACGCUGGCCUCCUGGCCUGGCCUGUCAUCCGCCGCUCCUCUGGAACCUGCACACUGCACACCUCCCAACUCGUCAGUCCUCACAGUCAUCACGCUCCCGCUACCACGCCUCCGACGAUCAAAAGCUCCGGUUUUGAUUCCUCCUCUGGUCCUCACCCACCUUUCUCACCUCCUUUCCCUGUUAAUUUUAUCCUCCGUGUCCCCUCCUCUCCAGGAAACUUAAUCGGAUCUCUCUGAGCUCUUGGUCAAUCGCUCGCAUUUCUUUACUAAUCGCCACUUCUCGGAGAGAUUAGUUUUUAAUGGCGCUUAUUAUGAAGUGUUUUGAAUUAAACCUCCGAGAAACAGAGGGAAGCUAGAGAGCCUCUAGAGGCCAGAGCCAAGAAGAACACGCUCAGGUACGCCGGACGCGAGCUCCGAUACCUCCUCGGAUUCCCUACGUGCUGCCGCGGGAGAGGGGAGAGAGCUUCCCGUUUCAUCAUCAUCUAUCACAUCGCAGGAGUGCUGCAGCACUCAAGUCUCCACUCUCCACUCCCCCAGUUCGUGCUCACUUCUAUUGUCGGGGGCGGCGGCGGCCGCCGCCGCGGUUCGUGCUGCUCCGCGGCGGCUUCUUGGUCCUAUCUCCGUCUGUAGCGGGUUCCUCCGUGCGCGUGUCUGGAAAGGAAGGAAGAAAGGGCUCUUCUUUGAGGACAAAAUCAGCUUUGCUUGAGAGCUUCCGGAGUGUACCUUCUUCUCAGCUAAUCAGAUCCUUGGGUGCAACAAUAUGUCGCCCAAGCGACCACAGGGCGUGGUUAUGUUGUUAAUGCUCAUGGUUUUCGAUGUUUCAGGCGCAUUUGUUGGUAUCACUAUUGGCAAUGAUAUGUCAAACCUACCAUCAGCAACAGACAUAGUGGCUAUCCUUAAAGAAAAGAAGAUUCAACAUGUUCGUCUGAUUGAUUCAAACCAUCAGAUGUUGACUGCCCUUGCAAAUACUGGAAUAGAAGUGAUGGUUGGGGUUCCCAAUGAUCAGCUACUUCGUGUGGGGCAGUCUCGUUCCACAGCUGCUGAUUGGAUUAACAAGAACGUCGCUGCUUAUGUUCCAGCAACUAACAUCACAUAUAUCGCAGUGGGUGAUGAGGUUCUUACUAACAUUCCAAAUGCAGCCCUUGUUCUUGUACCUGCAUUGCAAUUCCUCCAAUCAGCACUGUUGGCUGCAAACCUCAAUAAUCAGGUGAAAAUCUCGAGUCCACAGUCAAUGGAUAUGAUCUCAAAGGCAUUUCCUCCCUCCACUGCCACUUUCAAUUCGACAUGGAACACAAUAAUGUCUCAGUAUCUUCAGUUUCUGAAGGAUACAGGAUCUUCAUUCAUGCUGAAUGCCCAACCAUACUAUGGCUACGUCGGAGGGCAAGGCGUAUUCCCCUUAGAGUAUGCACUGUUCCGCUCACUCAGUCCCAACAGUCAAAUUUCAGAUCCCAACACCAAUCUGUUCUAUACCAAUAUGUUUGAUGCAAUAAUUGAUGCUACUUACAACUCAAUCCAAGCAAUGAAUUUCACGGGGAUUCCUGUUCUGGUCACAGCUUCUGGCUGGCCAUGGCGUGGUGGGCCAAACGAGAAGGCUGCUACUGUUGAUAAUGCUUUGGCCUACAAUACAAACCUCGUACGUCAUGUACUGAAUAAUUCUGGUACACCCAGCCAACCAAUGAAUCAGUCCAGCACCUACAUCUUUGAGCUAUUCAACGAGGAUCGUCGGUCAGGACCUGUAUCAGAGAAAAGUUGGGGGAUUAUGUUUCCUAAUGCAACCACUGUGUACUCUCUAUCGUUUGAGGACGUGGCCACAACUAUCCCAGAAUCACCAGCUCUGCGUGGGAUGUUUUGUGUGGCAAAUUCAAGUGCACCCCAUAGUGCACUUAAGCAUAGUUUGGAUUGGGCAUGUGGCCCUGGCUCUGCAAACUGCAGUGCGAUUCAGCCUGGGCAACCAUGCUAUGAAUCAGAUAAUAUAGUAGCUAUUGCAUCAUAUGCUUUCAACGAUUAUUAUCAUAGAACACAAGCUAGUGGUGGUACAUGCAGCUUCAAUGGCACUGCAAUGAUAACAUCUACUGAUCCAAGCCAUGGCUCAUGCAUUUUCGCUGGAAGCACUGGCGCCAACGGCAGCGAUGGUGGUACAGCCUCCGGGCCUGAUGGCGAGCCGGCCCACACGCUUUCACCCUCUGUCACUGCCGGCUGUCGCUGCGGCCAAUCGGCCAUGUCCUCGUCCUCGUCCUUCCCCGCCUCUCGCUUCCCCUUCGCCGCCGGCGGCGGGGCCCCCGGCGGCGGCGGCGGAGGAGGAGGUGGGAGCAGCUUGCGGCCGUGGGGGUCGAGCGGCGGGACGUCGGUUUCGUCUUCGGGGAAGCGGAUACAGAAGGAGCUGCUGGACCUCAACGCCUCCGACUGCUCCGCCGGGCCCAAGGGCGACAACCUCUACCACUGGCUCUCCACCAUCAUCGGGCCCCAAGGAUCGCCGUAUGAAGGAGGGAUAUUUUUCCUUGAUAUCGUGUUUCCCCCUGAUUAUCCUUUCAAACCUCCAAUGGUAACUUUCAAAACAAGGAUUUACCACUGCAACGUUGAUGCCACUGGUAAAGUGCAUUUGGACAUUCUGAAGGAUGGCUGGAGUCCAGCUUUUACUAUUUCAAAGGUGUUGCUGGCCAUCAAAGACAUCAUCAGCAAUCCAGAUCCAUACACCCCGCUUGUGAUGAACAUUUCACGUCAGUAUCUAACUGACAGAACUAAACACGAUGAAAUAGCAGCUGAGUGGACAAUGAGGUUUGCAAGAUAGAGAAUUCUGUCUGUAUCUAAGCAAUAUUGACCUUGUAAAAGAAUAAUCCUUAAUGUGGCCUGAGAUGUAGAAUGUUGGCAAAGGACCCACGUUUUGUUUAAUCUGAGUUGUGACAUAAAGAUGUACUUUAUGCUUGAGGUUAUCUAGUUGCUUCUUUUA